AUGACCCAUCGGUGUUCAGGGGAACAAGUGGCCGAAGUUUCAGAAGCGGCUUCCUGUCCUUUUUGUUCUGGAAGGGAACUUCUCAUUGAUGGACUUUGUACAGGAAUUGGUUGUUGCCAAAAUUCUACACCGAAAGGCCUACAGUUUAUUUGUAAUUCACUUGGAUCGUUUUAUAAUCGUACGAAUAUCUCGUCAUUUAAUCCCUGUGGUUACGGUUUUCUUGGAGAUCAGGAUGUAUUUAAAUUUCAUAAGUCUGAUUUUUCUGAUGAAAGUUUUCGGAAUAGAACAAUUGAAAAUGUUCCAAUAGUGAUCUAUUGGGCCAUUGGGAAUCAGAGUUGCAGUGACGCCAAAAAAUCUACCGAUUAUGCUUUGGCGAUGUAUGUAGAUGUGGCGAUGGUGGUGUCUGUGGGUGCGGUAGAUUGUUGUGGAAGUGGUGUGGUUAUUUUGAAGGGCUCGAUGAUGUGGCGAGGUGGUUGUGGUGGUUUCGGAGGCAAUGGUCAUGGCCAUGGCCAUGGUGGCAGGGGAUGGGAAUAG